AAUGUUUUUGAAGUACAGAGUUGAAAUUGAAAAGCAAUAUUUAUAUGUUGGUAUUUCAAUUAUGAUUUGCGCUUCCUGAAGCUUUAUUUCACAAUGUAAUUUUGUUGUUGUUUCAGGUGACUGACCAAAAUGUCUGAGGCAGCACCAAAUCCCCCCAAAAAAUCUGGAAGACUUUACAGCAAGGCUGUCUUCACUGGGUACAAGAGAGGAUUACGUAACCAGCAUGAAAACACUGCUCUUCUUAGAAUUGAAGGUGUUACAAGCUUAAAGGAUGUACCAUUCUACCUUGGCAAGAGAUGUGCUUAUGUAUACAAAGGCAGAAGGAGGACUGCCUGUCCAGGACACGAGAAAGCUAGUCGAAUCAGAGUGAUCUGGGGAAAAAUAACCAGAUCACAUGGAAACAGUGGAAUGGUGAGGGCAAAGUUCAAGAAAAAUCUGCCAUCUGUUGCCAUGGGAAAAAGAAUAAGAGUGAUGAUGUAUCCAUCAAGAGUAUAAAUAAAAGAAAAAAGACUAAAAAUUGUUAUGUGAAUUGCAAAGCCUUCUGUUAGAUACCCAUAUGUGUAUAAAGUGUGGCAACUU